AUGGCGAUGGCAAACACACAACCGCCGCCUGCCGCCUCUUGGGCCUCUCUCCCACUCGAACUCAUCGAGCUCGUUGUUGGCAGGCUAUCAAUUUACGACACCUUGGUCCUCUCAGGCACCAGCAGAAGCCACCGCAAGCUGCUGCUCCCAGUCGUUGCGCGCGAGGCUGUCAGCAAAUACCCCCAUUUCCUUUUCUGGGCCUGCUCGCUUGGCUGCGUCGGCCUCGUCGAUCUGUUGCUAUCGUCUGGGGCGGACCCAAACACGUGCUUCGAGAUAGACGAAGAGGAGAUACUCGCCGUUCCCCCACACCCUUCUCGCACGCCCGACUGUUCCCCCCGCGACCUGCUGGACCGGGUCUACCGACAUGGGAAAUGGGACACAUUCGAGGAUCCUUCUCGCUCGGGGAACUUACCCAGAUACGUAACGACGGAACCACGCGACCCCUGGGACCGUGGCCUUACUGAAUUGGAGUGCCCGAUGCGGUGGUGGUUCCCGCUGCACGCCGCAGCUCAUUAUGGCCAAACGGAUGUUGUCCGGCUGCUUGUAGAGCGCGGGGCCUCUCUCAACACGUCUUCAGCCAACCUGUGCUUCUGCGUGUCCGCAUCCAGCCUGGGUUCUAGCUACCCGCGGUCGGCCGGCUAUGAACGAUGGUACAUAUCUGGCCGCUGGACGCCUCUGCACCACGCGCUGUGUGCAGGGCACCAAGAGACGGCGCUGGUGCUCCUUGAGCUCGGAGCCACCAUGGACAGCCCCUGGCUUUCCGCAAGGUCGGCCAUGGAGAGUGCCGUCAUCUAUGGAUGCACCCGGGUCGUCCACUAUCUGCACCACAAGCACGCCGGCGAGCUGGCCCCCAUCCCAGACGGAUGCAGUUCGGUCGCCCGCUUUGUGCUUGAACACCACGCUGGCGAGGUCGCCUCCCUCACACGCCCUAGGGAGAUGUUGAGCCUCACGGCGUUGGGGUAUCACAUCCUUGGGGUCGAGGCUCCAGAUCUGACUUCCUUGCUCUUGGAGCAAGGCUGCUCGGGUGACGACGGGACCACCUUCGCCGGCACCCAACCGGCCCUCGAACUAGCGUGCAUGACGGGCCGCUUCGACAUCGCCAUCGAGCUUGCUCGGCGGUCCCGGCUCAUCAACGCGAGUGGAAGCUACAGGGAAAAUACGACUCCUCCCCACAACGGAGCCGACGUACACCCACUCCCAACCUUGAAACGCUCUCCUAUGGUGGUUGCCGCCGCCUCAUUGUGCCUGCAGACGCUGGCGAUCCUUGUUGACGCUGGAGCCAGCGUGAACCAAGAAGACAGCGAGGGCCGGUUCCCUCUGGCGUCUGCGGUGGCCGAGUGGCCAAGUGAAUGGAUUCUACCACAGUUCAAACAAGACUUCGCUGAACGAGAACCGCUGCCAACAAUCAAGCUGCUGCUCGAGCACGGGGCCAUUGCUGACCAGAGGAGCUCAGUCACGAGGCGGACCGCUCUGUGGGAAGCAUGCCGGAAUGGAAGCCUCUCCGUCGCGGUGACCAUACCCUGCAUCGACGAGCUCAUCCAGCACGGCGCCACCGUCGAUACAUCUGUCGCCACCUCAAUUGCUCGAGGCGCGGAUAUCGAGACUGCUCUCCCGGACGUCGUUGGUGUCUGGCGGGCAUUGGUCUCGACGACGUGCGCCCAAGAUGCCCCCCGGGGAGACAAGGAGGCGUUUGCGGCGGCGUACGCGCAAGCUCAGGCCGCUGUCAUUUUCCUGCUCGACGUCGGCCGCGAGAAGCUCCUGUCCAGCCCAGAUUUAUUCUGGGAAGCGACAAAACAUCCAGACUGGCCAUUUGCUAUUGGUCUCCUCGGCGCGGGCCCUCCUGAUAUCCACUGGUCGCCGCCCCUUGCGGAACGCGAAGAGCAGCUGGUCGAGGGAACAUGCUUGCACAACCUCAUCAAGGGAAAGAGUUACUUCCACGCUCCAAAAAGGCAUGCAGAAGCCCUGCUAGAACAGCUGAUCCAGCUAGGGAUCGACAUCAACAAGGGGAACCCUUUAGGCCUUGCCCUGGGCCACGGCAGAUCGAACCUGGCGCUGCGUCUGCUUGAGGCUGGUGCGGCAAGUCGGCCCGGCGUAGACAGGAACGUGCUCAUCGAAGCCUUAAAGGAGAAUAUUCAUGGAACUCGCGAAGAUCUCUACCAUCGAACUGUGUGGGACGAGGUGGAGGCGAAUCGCCAGACAUGA